UGCGCGCGCCUUCCCUUCUGCCGCCAGCGGCCAAGGAAGCCAGUCCCUGGGCGCUCGCCGCCGGCAGCCUUAGAGGUUUCCGCCCGCCGCCACUGCCGCGCCACCGCCCACCCCUGACGCGGCUCCUCCCACCGCGGCCGCCCCGCCCCUGCCGGGUCUCGGGUCUCGGAUCCCAGCGCCGGCGGGCGGAGGUCGGUGGCAUGGAGAGUGGCAGCGGCAAGGAGGGUAGCCUGGGGCGCGCCGUGUGCGUGCUGACCGGAGCCUCCCGAGGCUUCGGCCGGGCUCUGGCCCCGCUUCUGGCCCGGCUGCUGUCGCCUGGCUCGGUGCUGGUCCUAAACGCCCGCAACGACCAGGCGCUGCAGCAGCUGGAGGCCGAGCUGGGUGCUGGGCGGCCUGGCCUGCGCGUGAUGCGAGUGCCCGCCGACCUGGGCGCCGAGGCCGGCUUGCAGCAGCUGCUCGGCGCCCUGCGCGAGCUCCCCAGGCCCGAGGGGCUGCAGCGACUGCUGCUUAUCAACAACGCGGGCACUCUAGGGGAUGUGUCCAAAGGCUUCGUGGACCUGGGUGACCCAGCUGAAGUGAACAACUACUGGGCUCUGAACUUGACCUCCAUGCUCUGCCUGACCUCCAGCAUCCUGAAGUACUUCCCCAGCAGUCCUGGCCUCAGCAGGACAGUGGUUAACAUCUCAUCCCUCUGUGCCCUGCAGCCCUACAAGGGCUGGGCACUGUACUGUGCAGGAAAGGCAGCUCGUGACAUGAUGUUCCAGGUCCUGGCCACAGAGGAACCUAGUGUGAGGGUGCUGAGCUAUGCCCCAGGUCCCCUGGACACAGACAUGCAGCAGUUGGCCCGGGAGGCCUCCGUGGACCCAGACUUGCGAAAAAGUCUGCAAGAGCUGAAGACAAAGGGGAAGCUGGUGGAUUGCAUGACGUCAGCCCAAAAACUGCUGAGCUUGCUGCAAAAAGACAUGUUCAAGUCUGGAGCCCAUGUGGACUUCUUCGAUAAAUAAGCCCAUGUCCUUGGCUUCCUGGUCCUUUCUGCCCCCACUGUCAGGCAUACCCCAGAAGCCCGGUGGCUCCCCAUAUCCUGCCACAGUGGCACCACCAUCCCUGCCUUACCCAGAUAAGCACUCAUGCCUGCUGCCCCCUCAGACACAGCCAGCUGUGAGAGCCCCAGGGCUGCUGGCGUCCAGUUGUCAGGAGACUGUGUGCACCCUGGGUCAUGAGGAGGCUUCUGUGGGAGGCUUAUGAGAGAGGCUAUGGGUUCUCUAUUCCCAGGAACAGAAUUUCAGGGAUGGGAAGAGCAGGAAAAGAAGCUGAAACACUGAAGAGAGGAAGUUGGGUUUCCUGCCCAUGGCUAGUUCAUGGGGAGAGGAGGGAGGGAUCUGGUAUAAAACAGGAGGACCUGGGCUGGCCUGUGGCUCACUUGGGAAAGUGUGGUGCUGAUAACACCAAGGCCACGGGUUCGGAUCCCUAUAUAGGGAUGGCCAGUUAGCUCACUUGGGAGAGCGUGGGGCUGACAACACCAAGUCAAGGGUUAAGAUCCCCUUACCGGUCAUCUUUUUUAAAAUAGGAGUACCCAUGUGGAUUCACAGGUGGCCUGGAGAGGGAGGGAGCACAGUGCAGUUUCCAGCCAGAUGAAGUCCCUAGCUCAGGGUCACAGGACCUUCUCUUGAACUCUGGGUCCUCCUUCCGAUGCCUUUUUCCUCCAGAACCCACCGCCCCUCCCCCACCUGAGUGUCUGUGUACAUGGCAACGGCAGAUACAAAUAAAAUGUGGGUUCUUUAUUAA